GUCUGACUGUCAGAAAACAGUCACUCUGCUGCAGGGUUUCGACAUGGACAAGCUUAAGACAGUUCUCAGCAUUGCGAGCAAGCAGACCAACUUGGGUUGUGGACUGCUGGCCCUGAUAACAGCGGGAGGGGAGCAGAUCUUCUCCUCAGCUGUCUUCAGUUGUCCAUGCAAUGAUCAGAACUUCAUAUAUGGCAUUGUGUUCUUACUGGUACCUGCUCUGGCUCUUCUACUGCUGGGUUACAUUCUGAACAAGAAGACAUGGAAGCUGUUGACAGGUCUGUGUUACCGCAAAGAAAAACUGUGCAGCUGUAAAAGGCUGAAGGUCACCGUUACCAUCCUCUUCCAGAUCAGCAAUACAGCACUGGUGGCACCUUCUACAUGGAUUGCCGUGGCUCUGCUCAGUGGCAAAUACUAUGAGUGUCUAAGGACUGGGACCACUGCUUUUAUCAGUGAUUUGUGUAACAAAACCAAGGCUGAUUGUGCAGAUCUUCAAAAGUUCCCCUGUGAUCAAGAUAUAAAAGGAGCUGGAGAGGUCAUGCUUGCUCUUAAAGCUGAGUCUCAGAUUCUAGGUUGGCUGCUCAUCGCCUCCAUCAUGCUGACCAACUUGCUCCUGAGCUGUUUGGCUCGGUGCAUGUCCCCUAUCAGCUACCUUCAGCUCAGGUUCUGGCGAUCGUAUGCUCAGGAAGAGUGCAGGCUGAUGGAUUCAUAUGUAGAAAAACAUGCCAAAGAACUUGCUGAGAGGAAUCUAAAAAGUUUCUUUGACCAGACGGUCCCUGAAGCCAUCGUCACACCAUCCAACCAGGACUGGGAAAAGAUCUCAUCACUCUACAAGUUCAGUGCCAAAAAACAGUACUACAGCACUUUGCAUCGUUUUGUAGCGUGUAAAGAGCAUGGAAGUGUGAGGCUUGGCUCAGUCGUGUCUCAUGAUAACAACCCUGCAGUUCUUCACUUUGUAGAUGAUGGCAGGAUUCCAAUGUGAGGGGUUUUCAGCAUCCAUAUACUAUAUAUCUUACACUAGUUUGUAGAUUUCAGUUGAUCAACCAGCCAAUCAAUCAAAUGUUAUUAAUCAAAUGCCAAAAUUCAGAGGAACUCAUUCCAGGAACAAAUAAUGGCACUAAACAUUAUUCACCAUCUCUUUUAUCCCACCAAUAUUCUAGUAAAGUAAUCUGAACCCAUGGUUGUAUUUGAUUAAUUUUGUAAAAUCAAGAGUUAAAUCUUCUGGAACAUUUCUCAUCUGCCAGAAGGCUAAUUUGCAUAAUCCUGCUUCCUUUUUAACUGUGGGAGACUUCACCUCUCACAUCUUCUUUACCAUUUACUAGAAAUGGUCAGUUUUAUAUUAAAAAGUGUUGUGAGAUGAAUCAAUGAAACACACCUGUGUGUGCAGAAUCAGGUCAUGACAUUGUUUUUAAAUGUGAGAAGCACUUCCUGUCCUCUGCUGUUUGACUGUAGGCUAUUUACUUUCAGCUUCUAGGAAACGAAACUUCUGCUGAAACACGUGCUAGUCUGGACAACAGUAGCAUAGUAAUGAUGGUGUCCAUACAUAGAGAUAAUGUAUGAAAAGGCUGCAGAGCCCACUGUUAUAUGCACUCAGAGCAGUUGCUUUUAUGGCAAUGGAAUGGAAAAAACCCACAAAGAGGAUGUGAUCACUUCUCUGCUACAAAUGUACAUUUGCUUCAGUGCAUUGAUGCACUUUUGAUGUGCAGAAAAAAGGGUAGUUGAAGGGUAGUUGAAAACAGGAUUUUUGUGAUUGAUGUAACACUGAAAAUGUAAUACAACUGAAUCAGAAGACUGA